AUGGCGGCGGCGGCGGCCGCACGCGCCGUGUCUGCGGGCCAGGGGCUCCGGGGCGCGCAGCGGGCCCUGCCGCUGGUGGUGAUCCUCGGGGCCACGGGCACCGGCAAGUCCACGCUGGCGUUGCAGCUCGGCCAGCGGCUCGGGGGCGAGAUCGUCAGCGCCGACUCCAUGCAGACCCAGGAGAUGGGCACUGAGAAAGAGGUUGACCGGAAAGUAGAGCUUGAAAAGGAAGAUGGCCAUGUACUUCACAAACGCCUAAGCCAGGUGGACCCAGAAAUGGCUGCGAAGCUGCAUCCACACGACAAGCGCAAAGUGGCCAGGAGUUUGCAAGUGUUUGAAGAAACGGGAAUCCCUCACAGUGAAUUUCUUCAUCGUCAACAUGCAGAGGAAGGCGGCGGUCCUCUUGGAGGCCCUCUGAAGUUCCCGAACCCUUGCAUCCUCUGGCUUCAUGCUGACCAGACAGUUCUAGAUGAGCGCUUGGAGAAAAGGGUGGAUGACAUGCUUGCUGCUGGGCUCUUGGAUGAACUAAGAGAUUUUCACAGACGCUAUAAUCAGAAGAAAGUUGAAGAAAAUAGCCAGGACUAUCAACACGGUAUCUUCCAGUCAAUUGGCUUCAAGGAAUUUCACGAGUUCCUGACCACUGAGGGAAAAUGCACACCCGAGACUGGUCACCAGCUCCUAAAGAAAGGUAUUGAGGCCCUGAAACAAGUGACUAAGAGAUAUGCCCGGAAGCAAAACCGAUGGAUUAAAAAUCGCUUUUUGAGCAGACCUGGUCCCAGUGUCCCCCCAAUAUAUGGCUUAGAAGUAUCUGAUAUCUCGAAGUGGGAGGAGUCUGUUCUUGAACCUGCUUUUGAAAUUGUGCAAAGUUUCAUCCAGGGCCGCAAGCCUGAUGCUGAUCCUGUAAAGAUGCCAUCCAGUGAAACUGAGAACAAGAGGAGUUCUCACAUGUGUGACCUCUGUGGUCGAAUCAUCAUUGGGGACCGUGAAUGGGCAGCACAUAUGAAAUCCAAACCCCACUUACACCAGCUGAAGAAAAGAAGGCGGCCGGACCCGGAUGCCUCCAGCCCCAGAGGAAGUCAGAGCAUUUCCCCGCACCGUGACAAAGAGCUUGAAGAGAACAGAUCCGUAGGGCGGAAUGAUGAAGACCUGAAGUCCAGUGUUUGA